GCGAAGGGUUUACGCGCCAACUGAGCUGACAGAUCUCGCGAUAGAAUUCGAUUCGAAUUUCGAACGCGACACUUGAAGACUUGUUUUUUUUUUUAAUAUUGCUCUGCAAUAAUUUUUUAUUCUGUUUUUAACUACCGAUUGCAUUUCUGUACGAAAAUAUUUUAACGUUUUAUUUUUUAAUUAGUUUUUUGUUGUGUUGUGGUUUUUUUUUGUGAUUUUAAAAUGUUUUGGACCGGGCUGGCUGUGUAGUAAGAAGGAAUAUAUUUUUCGGCAGUAUCAGAGCAACGUGCGCCCGAGCCAGUUGAGAUGCAGGCCCGCCAAAGCCUCUUAUGGCAUUUACUUAUCGACCUACCCAUAUUAUUGCUCGUGGCAGCAGUGUGCAUCCUAUUAGAAGUAGGAGCGUUACCAAGCAGACGAAGCGGGUUCCGAUGCAAUGAUCCGGACCUCUCUUUCCCACACACAGGAGACACUAUAUCUAUCUCUCUCAUCGCAGUUAUCACUGUCAUCGUCCCAUAUCUAAUUUUGUGGGGUAUUGAAACGAUCCUGCACAGAGACGAUGAGUAUACUAUCAAGAAAAACAAACUACUGGCAAGUGCUCGGACCGCGGCUUUCAUAUACCGGGACUAUAUUUACGGAGCAGUGGUCAAUUUGAUGGUACUCGAGGUGGUCAAAUGUGUGGUAGGCUCGCCACGACCCACAUUCUUCGAUUUAUGCGAACCGGAUAAAGCUAGAACGUGUAAUGGGUCAGAGUAUGUUAGCAGUUACACCUGCACGUCUGCGAGGUACUCCCGGUACCUACAAAUUGACUCCAUCAGAAGCUUCCCUUCUGGACAUACAUCCUUGUCCGUAUACUGUGGAUUAUUCUUAGCGUGGUAUCUCCAAAGGCGAGCAUUCAGCUGGCACAAUCGAACAGUCCUGUUGGUACCGCUCGUCCAGAUCCUUUGUAUCAUAUAUGCGGUGGUGUGUCCACUCACACGAAUCACUGAUCACCGACAUCACUGGUGGGACGUGCUAGCUGGUGCAAUUGUGGGAAUGUUCAGUGUCAUAUACACGGUCCUAGUUCUUUGCAAGAACUUCUCCCAGCCAGCCGUUGUCAGCACGAGUGAUAUAUCCAGCAGUGAUGGUAACAACCACCAGUCAGUACGAAGAUUGCUCUCCAGUCAGCCAAGGGUUGUGGUCCCUUAGCCGCAGGCUGUCUAAGGUCUGGACAGGCCUUUAAACUUCAUUGGGCAUCGGUUCCGAUGAUAUCCCAAAACAUGGACAAUAUGUAGAAAAAUAUUGGAUACUGUUAGUGAUGUUGAGUCAGUUGAAGAUCUGGUGAUUAGCUAAUGUGAUUGUGAUGACGCGAAGGUCUAGUUGAUUACGGAAUAAGAUACAUUUGAAUUGUGAUUGGUUUAAUAAAAAUUAUGUAUUUUUGAGGUUAGACGUUUUCAAAUAUUUUUAUGAUUUAAUAAUCUUUAAAGAUACUAUUCUAUAUUAAAGGUAGAGGUAAAUUAGAUUGCUCAAUGUCGUUAAAUCAUUCUUACGUAGGUGUUUAAAUUUUUAAUAACAGUAAUAAUUUGUAUUAUCUAUAAAUAUUAGUCAGAAUAAAUACGUACCCUACGUCUGCUUUUAGUAAAAAAAAAAUACAAUAAAUUUUCACUUAUUUCGUAAGUAAUAGCCGACUUUCAUAAAUAAUUAUAAAGAUUAUUUAUAUUAAAUAGGCGUUUUAAUCAUAUCGCCAUUAUAUGUGUAAAUAAUUAGAAAUUAAUGCAUUACUUUGUCUUAUCUUAGUAGAACUGAUUUAAAAUAAU